UGGUUCCUUAAUGAUGUUUACUAGAUAUGGGUGAUAAUCGAUUUAGAUUCUAAUUGUCCUGACGUGCUUUUCUUGUAUUGGACAUUAGCGAUAUUUUGUAGCCUUGAUCUGUUGGAUUUUUGCAUUGUGGCAGCUAUCAAUAAGUUCAAAUUUCAUUUUUCAAUGAAUGCUAGAAACAUACUAAAAAUGAAACGGAAUAUUGUGUGUUUAAUAUUGCUCUUCACAUUCAUGGAAGAUAUCGUUUUGUCUAAACGGUACCAGUUUACCAGGAUAACGCGCGUUGCCCAGCAGAAUUUCAGUAUGCAUGCACUCGGUUCAAAUACUAAAUGUGAUAAUUACCUAAUAUGUGCCAGGUCCUGUAAACAGGACGAAUGUCGCUCCUUCUCGUACACAGAGCUGGAAAAUAAGUGCGAGACAUACACCCUUAAGUUAGACAAAGGUGGGACCGCCACCAUAUCAACGUCAACUUUGUACUUCUCUAAGGAGUUGUGCAGCUGCUCGGAUGUCCCAUCUGGAUCACCCUCUGGGGUGUAUCAAAUAUAUGCAACAGCAGGCAGACCAGUUAACUUUUUCUGUGAUGUGGACACUUCUGAGGGACCGUGGACAGUGAUACAAAAUAGAAUAAAUGGAGAUACUGAUUUCUAUCGCAAUUGGACUGACUACCAGAACGGUUUCGGAGAUCUAAAUGGAGAAUUCUGGAUAGGCAAUGACAUCCUUCACAUCUUGACGAAGACACUAAACAUCCUACGUGUGGAACUAGAAGCGUGGGAUGGGACAAGAGGAUAUGCCCAAUAUUCAAAGUUUCAGGUUGCCGACAAAAAUCAGAAUUACAGACUAGCUCUUCACGGCUUCUCUGGCAACCUAUCAUUUGAUGCCCUAAACAGUUUUAACGGACAAGCUUUCUCCACCUACGACAGAGACAACGACUCCAGUAGUUCUCACUGUGCCGUAAAAAUACAUGGAGCUUGGUGGUACAAAAAGUGUGCCUCAUCCAAUCUAAAUGGUCGCUAUCAGACAGACACUGGAGAUGAUAAGAGCUCCAUGUCAUGGUAUUUGUUUCCUUAUCCAAAUCGUGAACGGGUCCCGCUUAAGAAGUCCAGACUGCUAAUUCGAUAGAUAGAUUCAUAUUUGUUGAUGUACACUUAGCUAUGAAUUUAGAUUGAUACGCAGUGACGAAGCCAUUGAGUUAUGUCUUCAAAACGUUCCGGUUUUUAAAGCAGUUUAUUUCAUAUAUUCUGUGCUAAUGUUUAUAUUAACGUUUAAUGUUGUCAGUUGCUAUUAUUUGAAAUAUAAAUAAGAAUGGUAGGAUAUUGUUUAUAUGCUGCUAUUCUCCGAUUGUGUCUUACAUUGACUGUUCAUUGUACAUGGAAACUAUAACAUAUAUACAUUUUACUCUUCAUUGCCAUCGUCAUUUUUUAUUUUCUCUGAGACUGGUAUAUGAAUUUAGAUAGAGUUUAUACACAAACAUGAUAAAUGAUAAGAAUAUAAACAGCGGUAAAAAAAAUCAAAGACAGUUUUCUUUUGUUCAGUUAACAACAUACAGUAUUCAACACACUGUUGUUAGGUAGGCACUGGUCAACAUAAUUUGGUCAAAGGUAGUACAGGAUUGUGUAACCUCUCUAGAAUUUAGCUCAUAUCAGGACCAUAUUUUUAAUUAUUGGUUUCUACCUAUCUUAUCAUUUCGAUGUUGAUUAAUCAAGUUCAAUAUUUAAUAACUGAUAAGUAUGUUUGAACAGAAAUGUCAAAAUUCAUUGUACAUGUGUAUGUUGCGAUUUCAGAUUUAUUAGACAGUUUAUAAUUUGUAAUUUGUAAUUUUCUCAGUAAUUAUCAUGAAAUAAUUGACCAUUUCUACUCUACCAAUGUCACAUAUUCUAUACGUUUCCUGUUGUAAUACCAGAGUAUCUGCACAGAAAUAUCUCCAGAAAUGUUUAUAUACUAUGCCUUACAUGCAACAUGGGUGGUUGACUGACACAGUUGUAACUCACUUGCCUUUCAAUAGUCGGGCCGGGGUUCGAUUCACCGAUCGGACGUGACAAGGUAUGGGACCACCUGCCUGACUAUGUGGCAUUUCUUCAUGUACUCCUGUUUCCUCCGACACAAAGGCCCCUCGCGCGCUUCCAUCCGGACCAACAAGAGUGAUUAAUACAAGUUGAUAUCAAAUGAAGCUUUUUCAUUUAUUUUACCUGUUACAUUACAAGAAAUCGUCAAGGAAUUUGACUAAGUUAGGUAUAUUUUGUCUUGUCUUAAUAUUACUGUUAAUUGAUGCACAGAUGUACUGUGAACAGGUACUAUCGUCAUGAAAACUCAAAAUCGAUCAAACGAGCAUAAUCAUAAUUAUCAUAAUUAAAACAUAUAUGAAAAAAAAAAAAUUCUAUCGUAUAUUAUCUGGUAUACUUUUAUAAUGAAUACACCGUGAAUGUUUCAAACAUAGUAAAAUGAUCAGACACGAAA